UGCUCUCACUCCCUCACUCCACAUCCAGACUUGAAGGUCUAAAUGUUAUGAAGAAUUCCAACCUUUGAUUUGUUCUUCUGCGUACGGCAAUUAUCGCCAUUUUACCAAAAGACAAUGCCCCCCUUUGCGCCUUGCCACCCUUUACACGCCCCCCCCCCCCCCCUCGCCUGUUUCAAAAAGACCCAUAAUGUGAUAAUACCAUUAGGCAAAUUAGCGUGGAUGGGACAAAAAAAAGUAGCAAGCUGCUUCAUGACAAAGCUCUGAUCAUCUCCUUUGUCGCGGCAUGUCGCAGGCUGCUAAUGAGCGGCUCAAUAGGAAUAAAUCUCAUUAAGACUUUUUUGUUUCAUAAUUAUUUUUAAGCGUGAAGCAGCUUCUCAUUGGCAUUCGCGACCAGAUUCAGAGAUCACAAAGAAAAUCGUGUAAAACCGUGAUUCCCUCAUGCAAAUUCAAUGUACACUUAGAGAGUUGCUAAUUGUGGGUCUCCUUAGGAAUAUUUCCGGUUCACUAUAAUAAUAGACUUUUGCUAUUUGCGGCAUCUAGCAGUGGGUGACUCGACCGUAUUAGGCCUCAGUGUGGUCUCGUGGCCCGCGGUGAUGAUAAUGCAAAAAUUCAGGUUGAAUCUCUCUCAGUGGUCCUGUGGCGAAUCGGGCCCGAUUUCCUCCAGCGGCUGCCCGUGCCGCUGCUGCGGCUUUAAAUAGCGUGUGGCCAGACCGGCAGCUGGAGGAAGCUUUGUGUUAACGUGUGACGUCAAAGCAAAAGCCGCGCCGCUGCGUCUGGAGAGAUCUCAUGCAGGCCUCCCUCAUUCUCAGCCACCUGUGGCAGCCUCCCCUCUCACCCCCGAAUGCGUUAUCUGCCGCCGUCCAGAACAGAGAAGGUCACGGACGGAGGCACCAUAAAGCAGAAAAUCUUCACCUACGACGCCAUGUUUAACACCAACUACUCUCACAUGGAGGACUACCGCAGGCGCGAGGACCUCGUCUACCAGUCCACCGUCCGGCUCCCGGAGGUUCGCAUCUUGGACAACGGACCGUACGAAUGCCAUGUGGGCAUCUACGACCGGGCAACUAGGGAGAAGGUCGUGCUGGCAUCAGGGAAUGUUUUCCUCACCGUCAUGUCUCCUCCAAACAACAUCUCAGUGGUGGCCGAGAACACGCCGGCGCCGUUCAGUCGAUAUCAAGCCCAGAACUUCACACUGGUCUGCACCGCCAAGGGAGGGAAGCCCGCACCCUCCGUGUACUUCAAGCGGGACGGUGAGCUGAUCGAGGUGAUCUCAUACGUUCAGCCAUCAGCCGGCGAUCAGGGCGGUGGCUCGGCGGGCUUCCGAGGAGCCAGGCCGCUCAUCAGCCGGGACCUGGACGAGACCAAGCUGCAGCGCUCGCUCUCCCUGCUGGACCCUGAGAGCCCUUCGGCGCGUUUGUAUACGGAACGGCCGCACACUCAGGGCCUGCAGGCCUCGGAGCCCAGCCCCGCCACCGAGGUCAUCCCGGAGACGGUGGUGAGCAGAGAGUUCCCCCGCUGGGUCCACAACACGGACCCCCUGUACUACUUCAGCCACACGCACAUCCCGCAAAGCGACGGCUCGGUGGUGGUGCAGGCGCGGCUCACGUGGACCCUCAACCCGCAGCUGGACAACGACGCCCUUUUCAGCUGCGAGGUCAAGCACCCAGCGCUCUCAAUGCCGAUGCAGACGGAGGUCACAUUGGCUGCCCCAAAAGGCCCGAAGCUCUUUAUGACCCCCAGCAGGGCCAAAGUCGGGGACACGGUGCGCAUCACUGUGCAAGGAUUCCAGGUAGGAGCUCGCGGGAACGAGGUGUUCCCAGAGCCCCUCUUCACCUGGACUCGCGUGGGGGGGCGCCUCCUGGAUGGCAGCACCGAGCGAGAGGGCAAGGAUCUGAUCCUGGAACGGGUUCCGGCCGAGCUCAACGGCUCCAUGUACCGCUGCACGGCCCAGAAUCCUCUGGGCUCCACAGACACGCACACCCGCCUCAUAGUCUUUGAAAAUCCAAGCAUGAUGAAAAACACGCAGGGCCAGAACACUGGAGUCUCUCACAAGAACGCGAUGGGCGGCCUCACGUGGAUAGCUCUGGUCCUCACAGUGACUGUGGAACUGACGUGAAAACUCGUACACACCUUUGUCCGACAUAUUCUCAAACAUAUUCUCAAACACACACAGACAUUCAAAACAACAAGCAAACAUCAGCUUACUUUCGACAACCUUGCGAGUGUUCUCUGGCCGUUAACAAAGCUUCUGUUGAGGCCACGGUGCUGCCACCCAACGGCACUCUUUCCAUUUUUUGAAACGAAAAUAACCACCAUUACGCUAUCUAAAGAACAACAUGUUGAACAUGACAAGCUCCCUCCUUCUUUUCCCACGUUUUUUUUCUUUCUUGUCUCACGUCUGCCUGUUGACCAAUAAAAUUUGCUCAAACUGUUAAGACGGCAUUCGGAUUUGAUUUUUUUGUUUUGGGGUAUUUUUUGGGGGGUCAGAGUGUCAUUGCUUUUUCCACAUAAAUGUGAAAAGUGCCCCGCCCCCCCACAAAAAAAGAAAAGCCGCCAGACCCAUCUGCUCCAUAUCUACAAGGGGGCGGAAGGGUGGAUGGCGUGGACGGGGGACAAUGCAGACGUUGAACAGAACAAUCUACACUCUAUACAAGUAUCUUAUUUUUUUAUUUUGUUUCUUUUUUGUUCCUCUUUUUCAUGGCUCAGAAUGUACAAAAAGAAUUUAAAUGCAUUGGGAAAAAAGUCUCCUGUUUUUGAGUGUAUUUUGUGUACAUCCAGUGUAAAUAAUGCAGAUAAUUAAAGAAGUUUUAUGGGGUCGUGGUAAAGGACGCUUGCCGAGCCGUUUGAACUUCAUCCAUUAGCGCUAAUCAUUGGCUGACAGAACAAGAACUGCUUUUUCUGUAGGUCAUUCGAUUUUUUCUUUUUCAGAUAUAUACGUAUAUACCAGUCUGACUGGAAGUGUACUCACAUAUGUCCGAUGUGUUCAGGAUUGUGAUGCAUGUGAGUUUAAUUUGGUUUUCCUUUCCUGGUUUUUUUUUCUUUGCGGCACUACUGCUGAAGGUCUCCUUGUGUCAUGCUAUCUUAAGUGACCUACAUUGUGUGCGUGCGUGCGUGUGUGUGUGUGUAACAAUUCCUGCUCUCUCUCUCUCUUACUCUGUCUCUCUCUCACGGAUGUUUGCCGAGAUUAGUCGCGUCACGCUAGCCGCCGUUUUCUCCCCACGCCGGACUGAUAAAACAGGGUUGUUUGCAUUUGUUUCAUUUCACCUGUAUUAAAGUGGAGAGAUUAUCAAACUGA